AUGACUUCGAACGAUGUGCGAGACAUCCUCUCGCUGCCGGAGCGCUCCGGAGCGCGGCCGUCGUCCUCGUCGCAACCCUCCGGCUCGUCUUCGCGCAACCGCAAACCAUCCGGCUCGCAUGCCAACCCGCAUCCAUCCACCACAUCAUCGUCGCGGCAAAAGCCAAAGUACGACGGCAUGACGCGCGAGCUUUUCGCGCUGCUCGGCGACAACGCGCCCACGCUCGCCAUGGCUCAAGGUUUGGGCAGCGACGGUAAGCACGGCGCAGGAGCAGGAUCUCUGUUCAAGCCCAAGUUCAAGCGGCGCAAGGAAAAGGUGCGCCAGUGGCGCUGGACACCGUUCCUCAACGCCGCGCGCCAAGACACGCACAUCGACCACGAGACGCCCGAGGUCAACCACGGGCUUGUGCUGCACCACUGGGCACCUGCGCCCGCCGCCUCGGGCGCCGAUGCGACACCAGCCGAGCCCGAGGUGGAAUCCAGAUACGCAUUUGCCGAGUUCAAUACAGACUCGGGCGUGUACAGCUACUCGAACGACGAGUACAUCCAGCACCUGCGCGACGACGACUGGACCAAAGAGGAGACCGACUACCUCAUGGAGCUGUGUGCGGCGUACGAUCUGCGCUUUGUCGUCAUCCACGAUCGGUACGACUGGGCGUCUGCGCAACCAUCCUUCGUGUCCGGGUCGACAGGCGCGCUGUUCCAGGCGGUCAAGGAGCGCAGCAUGGAGGACCUCAAGGCGCGCUACUACGCGGUGUGCAGGCGCUUGAUCCGCUCGCGCAUCUCGACCGACGAUGUCGAGACGCGCCAGGUGCUUCUCAGCACGUAUGCAUUCGACAAGCAGCGCGAGAUCGAGCGCAAAAAGGCCGUCGCACGCCUCUACACCCGCACGCCCGAGCAGCUCGCCGAGGAAGAGGCGCUCUACGUCGAGAUUCGGCGCAUCGAACAGAACGAGGCCAAAUACGCCUCGGAGCGCGAAGAGCUGCUGCGUCUGCUCGGCGGAUGGGAGAGUCUGCCGAGCUCCAGUCCGCACGCCGUCGCUGCAGCAGGGUCGGGCAUCGCCAGCCUGCUUGCUGCUGAUGACGACCAUGCAAAGGGUCGGGCAGGCAGCUCCAAGAAACGUAAGCUUCAACACGACGACAGCACCCCGGGAGCGGAAGAUGCUACAUCCACCACGGCGACACCCGCCGCACGCCCGUCGGCGAGCUUGACGUCCAAGCAGAGGGCCGAGUUGCGACAGGCGCAGUUUGACGAGAUGCAGUGCAUCGUUCGGUACCCGUCCAACGCUUCGGCUGCGGUGCCGGAUGCGCUUGCGAGUGCGCUGGGAACCGCACCGACUGCGCCUGCUUCGGCUUCCACCCGUCCGCCCUAUGCGCAUCUUGUGGGCACAGCAUCGACACUGCCUGCCGUCACGACCAAUCCGUCCAACCCAACGUCGAGUCACGGAGCGUACAUGCGCUCGACGCGUAUGCUUGCUCCUCGUCCCAACUUGGUGCUCAAGACCACGCAGACGCUCGCCGAAGGCACGCCCGCCGUGGGACCACGACUCAUCUUCCCCACGGCCAAGAACGUCGAAAAGUGGGAGAAUCUGAUUGGCGCCGUGACGACGGGAUUGGAGCUGCGCAAACAGCUCGAGCGCGUCAAUGCCGAGCUCCGAAUCGCAAAGCAGCGCAUCGCUGCUGCCAUUCAGUCGACAAACAACCCAGGCGGGCCAAAGCUGGCGGACGUUGAAGACGCCAAAGACCCACAGUCGGAGGGCAACAAGCCAGAUGCAGAAUCGGCACGCUCGCAAGAUCCAGAGUCUUCCCCACCUCCCUCGAUCAAGCCUGAGACCUGA